AUGCACCGCGCUGCCUCCAACCAGCGCUCGGUCUCCUCCUCCUCGGGCUCCUUCCAGCCGCCGCCGCCGCCGCCGCCGCUGCCGCACGCCGCCGACCGGCAGCCCCUCUUCCCGGGGGGCUUCAGCAGCAGCGGCAGCCGGCGGGGCUCGGGGUCGAGCUCGGGCUCGGCGCGGGCCCGCCGCACCUGCAGCCCCCGCAGCAGCACCGAGGAGGAGGAGGAGGAAGAAGAGGAGGAGGAGGAGGAGGACAGCAUCAGCAUCAGCAAGCCUCUGGUGCCGCCGCCCGCCGCCCCGCCGCCUGCCGCCGCCUCGCCGCUCCCUAGCAGCAGCAGCAGCAGCAGCAGCGGCGGGAGCCCGGGCCGCAGCAUGACGGCGGCGGAGCUGUACGGGGCGGCGGCGGGCGGCGGGGCGGCGGGUGGCGGGGCGGCGGCGGCGGCGCUGCUAGGGCCCGGCGGGGCGGCGGGCGGGCGGCGCUGGGGCUUCCAGGCGCUGUCCCUGGUGCUGCUGCUGGGGCAGGGCGCGCUGCUGGACCUCUACCUGAUCGCCGUCACCGACCUGUACUGGUGCAGCUGGAUCGCCACCGACCUGGUGCUGGCGGCCGGCUGGGGCAUCUUCUUCUGCCGCAACAGCCGGGCGCGCCGCCGAGAGCGGCCCCCGCCGCCCCCCGGGCCGCCGCCGCCGCACCCGCUGCUGCUGCACGGCCCCCCCGGCGGGCGCGGGGCCGGGGGCCGGGGGGACGGGGUUCCCCCCCGCGGCGGCGACUUUGCCUACGCGCACCUCGCCUGGCUCAUCUACUCCAUCGCCUUCACGCCCAAGGCGGCGCUGAUCCUGGGCACCUCCAUCCUGGAGCUGAUCGAGCUGCGCCUGCCGCUGGGCACCACCGGCUUCCGAAUCACGCUGGCGCUCUCCGCCCCGCUGCUGUACUGCCUGCUGCGGGCCAUCGGCACCGAGGGCGCUGGGCAGCUGCUCCUGCCGCCGCAGCCGCCGCCGCAGCACCGCGCCGCCGCCGCUUUCGUCGCCACCUGCCUCGACCUCCUCGACAGCUUCUCCCUGCUGGAGCUGGUGCUGCAGCCCGGGCGGCCGGCGCCGCUACCCGCCCCGCUGCGCUACCUCCUCAUCGCCGUCUACUUCCUCUGCCUGGCCUCGCCGGUGCUGUGGCUGUACGAGCUCAGCGCCGCCCGCCCCCCCGGCGCCGCUCGCCUCGCCCUCCACCUCCUGCUGCCCGCCGGGCUGCUGGACGCCCCGCUCCUGGCGCUGCGCUGCCUCCUGCUUCUGCGCUACCAGCAGCCGCUCUCCCUUUUCAUGCUGAAGAACCUCUUCUUCCUGGCCUGCCGCAGCCUGGAGGCGCUGGAGACCUGCUGCCUCCUCCGCCCCGCCGCCGCCCCGCCGCCCGUCAAGUACGGCCCCGGCGCUGCCGCUCCCGCCACCGCCGCCCCGCUGGCCCACGGGCUCUCCGACGCCGACGUGGGCCCCCACGGGUACGUGAACGCCUUGGCGGUCACCGCGCAGGGCUGA